AUGAAGACAAUUCGUUGCGUUAUCUGCGAUGUUGAUGGACUUCUUAUUGACUCUGAAGGCAUCUUCGCAAAGGCUAUCAAGCACUACAGUGGCCAUGAGCUUACACAAGAUCUUCAUCUUGCUAUCAUGGGAACAACAGGCCCAACUUGCGGCAAAAUUUUGAUGAAAGGCUUCGGUCUCGAAGGAGAUCCAAUUGAAUGGAUGCAGAAAUUCGAUAUUGUUCUCAACGGAUUUUUGAAAGAAUCAGACCUCAUGCCAGGAGCUAGGCAAUUAGUUAAAAAAUUCCAUGAAAUGCGUGUACCAAUCGGUAUUGCUACAGGCAGCAACAGAUGCAACCUUGAAGCCAAAUGCACAAAGAAUAUGGAUCUUCUUGAUAUGCUCGAUACAUCUACAUGCGGUAAUGAAGUUACACACGGCAAACCAAACCCAGAAAUCUUCCUUACAACAAUGAAGAAACUCGGAAUUGAUGAUCCAACACAAGUUCUUGUCUUCGAAGAUGCUCCAACCGGUGUUAAGGCUGCUAUCUCAGCAGGAAUGCAAUGCAUCAUGGUUCCAGAUAAAUCCCUUCCUUAUCAGAAACUUUUAGAUGAUUACGGUGUUAAACCAACACUUAUGUUGGAUUCUCUUGAACAAUUUGAUUUCUCGAUGUACAAGUUCAUUAAUAAGGAUGGAAAUGUCGCUUAA